AAAUUUCAGAAUAAUGCUCAACCAACUCGAUAUGGUAGUAUUCCAGCUCAGGCUGUACAUCAAGCAUUAGGUAUUGGUAAUGGUCAAUCAACUAAUUCAAUUUUAAAUGAAAAUCAAUCAACAAUAUCAAGUGAUCAACAGAUACCUAUUGUUCUUUAAGCAUAUUCUUGAUCAUGUUCCUGAAUGCCUACCUGGUGAUUAACAGAUACCUAUUUGUUCUUUAAGCAUAUUUCUUGAUCAUGUUCCUGUUCUUUUUUUUGUUUUUCUGCGAUCG